ACCUAAAUCAUCACAGACAUAUUUUGAAAAUAAAACUUUUACAAUCACAAAAUUUGCUGUGUUCCUGUUUCCUUGAGAACCUACUGAACUCCCUCCUUCUGAAAUUUUAUUCCAUACAUGACUGACGACAAAUAUCCUUCUCAGGUCAGGGUUUCAAUUUUUCCCAUCUCUUCAAUUAUUCUUUGACUUUGUUCCAUGGCAAUAAAGCUUCCAUCUUUGACAUAUCCUACUCGAUUCUUCAGAUGGGUUUAUUUCUCUUCUAGUAUUGCAGAUAUUUCAGAAACCCCUGAGAUUGUUAAACUCAAGGAUUCAUCUGAAUUUGAACGAAAUCUCAACUUUUUGAGAAAUAAGCUUGCCCCUGACAACUUAAUCCGGAUCUUGGACCGUACACAUGAUUUGAACUCAGCGGUUAGGAUUUUCAAUUGGGCUUCAAGGCAAAAGAGUUUUCAUCACACUUCGAACACAUAUUAUAGGAUAGUUUUGAAACUGGGUAUGGCUGGGAAAGUUGUGGAGAUGAGGGAUUUUUGUGAAAAAAUGGCCAAGGAUAGGUGCCCUGGUACUGAAGAAGCCUUUGUGAGAUUGGUUCACUCAUUUGUGGAGCAUUGUAGGAUUGAAGAAGCUAUUACAGUCUUAGUGAACAUGAAUUUGGGUGGGUAUAGACUGCCCAUUGAAGCUUUUAAUGCUUUAUUGGGUGCUCUUGUGGGAGGAAAGGGUAGAGAAUUUCAAAAGGCGUUGUUUGUUUAUAAAGAGAUGAUGAAGGCAUGUGUGUUACCCACAGUUGAAACUUUGAAUUGUUUGAUGAAGGCAUUGUUUGCCACCAAUCAGAUUGACUUAGGUUUGGAUCAAUUUAGGAGAAUGAAAAAUAAAGGGUGCAAUCCAAAUACGAAGACGUUUGAGAUUCUUGUGAAGGCUCUCAUUCAAAAUGGUCGAGUGGAUGAAGCUGCUAUUAUUUUAGAACAAAUGUUCAAAGUUCAAUGUCAACCAGAUUUGAGUUUUCAUACGUGCAUAAUACCUCUGUUUUGCAGAGAAAAUAAAAUAGAUGAGGCUGUGAAGUUGUUUAGAAUGAUGAAAGAUUCUGAUCUUGAGCCAGAUUCUUUCAUUUAUGAGGUUCUAGUAAGGUGUUUUUGCAACAACUUGCAGUUGGAUUCUGCUGUUGCCCUUAUAAAUGAGAUGAUAGAAAGUGGUAUGCCACCAAAGCAUUAUGUUCUUGUUGAUAUAAUGAAUUGCUUCUGUGAAUUAGGGAAAAUUAAGGAGGCUAUAGUGUUUUUAGAAAAUAGACAAGUUCAUGAAACUGCUCCUUUCAAUACAUUGCUUGAAGGUUGCUGUAAUGCUGGUGAAAUUCUGGCAGCAAAUGUUCUGCUGGAGACAAUGUCUGAGAGACACAUUGCGGAUUGUGAAUCUUGGAACAUUCUCAUUAGAUGGUUUUGUGAGAAUGAAGACAUCAAGAAGGCACAUAUACUUCUUGGCAGGAUGAUCAAAUCAUUUGUUAUUCUUGACUGUGCAACAUAUUCUGCUCUUGUAAUUGGCAACUGUAGAUUGGGCAAGUAUGAAGAAGCCAAUGAACACUAUUUCAUAAAUUUGCGCCAGAUGCUGGAUUUUAGAUUUUGCCUCAUAUUCUGAAC